GAUUACAACCAAUACUGUGUGGUAGAAGAAGCCUAUCAGAAAAGUGACGUUCUGGAGCAGUCGUCGCAAGGAACAAUGUGCUUAGUCCCUGGCAAAACGAGAAAGUUCACUUUCAAAUUUGUGACAAAAACUGAAGAUGUAGGAAAGAAGGUCGAGAUCACCUCUGUGGAUUUGAUCCUGGGAAGCGAAUCUGGCCGAUGCGUGAUUCUGAACUGGCGCGGAGGAGGUGGAGACGCCGCUUCGUCUCAAGAAGCCUUGCAGGCAGCACGUUCCUUCAGGCGAAGGCCGAAGCUUCCGGAUAACGAAGUGCACUGGGACAGUUUGACUGUUCAGGCAAGCACUAUGAUUAUUUCCAGAGUGCCAAACAUUUCUGUUCAGCUCCGUCAUGAACCUCCUGCCCUGACCAAUGAAAUGUACUGUUUGAUUGUGACAGUUCAGUCCCAUGAGGAGACAGUGGCCAAAGACGUUAAGCUUACAGCAGGUUUAAAGCCAGGGCAAGAUGCCAACCUGACUCAGAAAACUCAGGUGACUCUUCAUGGAACAGACGCAUGUGAUGACUCCUUUCCUGCACUGCUUCCCGAUAUCCCUGUAGGAGACCUGCAACCGGGGGAAAAGCUGGAAAAGCCAAUAUACAUUCGUUGUGGAACAGUCGGUGCAAGAAUGUUUCUGGUUUACGUUUCUUACUUAAUCAACACCAUGGUUGAGGGGAAAGAAAUCCUCUGCAAGUGUCACCGGGAUGAAACCGUAACCAUAGAAACAGUAUUUCCCUUUGAUGUUGCUGUCAAAUUUGUCUCCACAAAGCUGGAGCACUUGGACAGAGUGUUUGCAGACAUACCGUUUUUACUGAUGACGGACAUCCUGAGUGCCUCUCCUUGGCCUCUCACGAUCGUAACCAGCCAGCUACAGCUCUCGGCCUCCAUGACCCCAGUAGAUCAGCUGGAAUCCUACGUGGAGAAUGUUGUUUUACAGACAGGUGAGAGUGCCAGUGAGUGCUUUUGCCUUCGAUGUCCUCCGGUUACUAAUGCUAGUGGAGUGGCAACGGGAUGUUACAUCAUCUCCUGGAAGAGAAGUUCCCCUGUGGAAAGCGUACCUGUUGUUAGCACAGUCAUCACUCUGCCCCACGUGAUUGUAGAGAGCAUUCCCCUCCAUGUUAAUGCAGAUCUGCCAUCGUUUGGUCGUGUCCGAGAAUCCCUACCUGUCAGAUAUCACCUGCAAAAUAAGACCAACCUCGUCCAGGAUGUGGAGGUGUCAGUGGAGCCCAGUGAUGCCUUCAUGUUCUCUGGACUUAAACAGAUCCGAUUAAGAAUCCUUCCUGGCACGCAGCAGGAAAUGUUAUAUAACUUCUAUCCUCUGAUGGCUGGGUACCAGCAGUUACCAUCUCUUCAUGUGAACUUGCUGCGGUUCCCAAACUUCACCAAUCAGUUGCUCAGACGAUUCAUACCGACGCACAUUUUUGUAAAGCCUCAGGGUCGUCGGGCAGACGACAACUCUAUUGCAGCUGCAUAA